AAACGGUUCAUGCAGCAGUAUGGCAACUUUUUAAACCUGACAUUGACAGCAAGUUGCUUGAAAGUUUGGCUAAUGAUUAUAGAGAGGCAAAGGACAAAGAAAUGUCUGCAUCAAUUAAUUUACAGGCAGGAAGUAUAUCUGGUAAAAUUAAAAUUGGGGACACCCUAAAACAAUCCAAGUUUGGAUUAAAUAGCAUGGGUAAUACAAGAACUGACAUUGCCAAAGACAUUGGGAGAAUAAGUAAGUUUGGGGACGAACGUCGCCGAAUCUUGUCAAUCGUGGCUAGAGAUCUUCCCCAGUCACAACUUCAGCAGGUAUUUUCCUGCUCUAAAAACUCCAUCACAUCUGCUAGAGUUCAUGCCAUUCUAUUUGGCAGAGGUGGUGAGCCAAGAGAUGGACUGAUAUUCAAACGACAGAGUGUCAGCCCAGAGGUGGUAAAGGAAUUCGAGGCAUUUCUGCAUCAAGAUGAGAUCUCAAGGCCAUCAUCAUGUAGAAGUGUCCUCAUCGGCAAAGAAGAAACUGGUGUUCGCYAUUGGCAAAGUAGCAUAAAGGAUGUAAUUCAGCAGUAUAUGCUUAAGUUUCCAAAUGGGCUGAAAAGGACCUACAUAUAUACACAUUUGCCUGCAAACUUUAGAUCUGAUACCAUGCUAGCAGGUCUAUGUAAUUUAUGUGACGAGUUUGGCCACACAAAUUUUGAUAAUCUGGAUGUGCUUCUUCAAAAAAUAAAAGAAGAAAAACUUAUCAACAAUGCUGAGGUCAUCAAAGAAAACAUGAGGAAGUAUGAAAAAUUCCUCAAGAUUGUGUACAAAAAAAAGGUUGAGUCUCAUUCAAGUGUCAAAGAGUUCUGCAAAGACUUCGCCUUUGGCGAAUGUUUUUUGGCAUAUCCUGAUGUUUGUGUGGAGUUUGACACAUUCUAUAAGGAUCUUCAAUGUAUCAAGGGUGCUGUCAACUCAGUUGUUGAUACUGAGAAGAAAGAAUCUCUAUCUAAGAAAUUGGAAGAUUUCACCCAGGGGCACAAAGAGUAUGUAGCACAUCAAGUAAGAACAAAACACCAAGCUGACUACUACCGUUAUGUUACUGCAAAUAUCAAGGCUGGUGAACUUGUUGUAAUCAUCGAUUACAAAAUGAAGUUAGAACUUGGCAAACRAUUACGAGAGAACCAAAGAGAAUGGUUUGGGAAGAGAGGGUCGCAAAGUGCACCUAAUUCAAGCCAUUUUCAAUCCAAUGGCUAUGAAGAACUGCGACCUCCAGCAUCAUUUGCUUUAAAGCAUGGACCAGGGAAAAGAGUACAGUUCAGUGAAGGUCAAAAAGACAUCAUGGUCCAGUUCUAUGAGCGUCAAGCCCAACAUAAAAUUCGAGCCGAUCCCAAUGAUGCGAUGAAAGCAAUGGAAGAGGCUGGCUUAGAAGUUCUUACUGUAAAGCAAAUCAAGUCUUGGUGGAGCUCUUACCACCGCAAAGUCACCAGUAAUGCCCUGCAAAACCGGAGAUCCAUAGCAGCAUGUACAACCAAUGCACAGCAGACUCCUACCACCAGACAAACUGGUCCUCUGCCCCCUGUUCAGUCACUAAGCCUACCGCCUAAUCAAUUACCUGGUCAAGUGCUAUCACCUCCUCCUACCAUGAACAGUCAAAGUGGUCCUCUUCCAUCUGUUCAGCCAACAAACCAAUCAUCUAUUCAAUCACCUGGUCAAGUACCAGCACCUACUCCUACCAACAGUCAAAGUGGCUCACCAAUUUCACGAUAG